GCUUGAUCGGUUGCUUUGAGAGCUUUGGUGUUUUCGGUUUAUUCUAUGGCUUUUACUUGUUCGCAGCUUGUCACAUUACACCGUGCUGCUAAUUGCUUCUGUUGUUGUGACCUGCGUUCUAGUUUUUGUGGUUUUAGUUAACUAUACUUUGUAGUUUUCCUUAUUUGUAAGCCGAGCCUGUGUUGCGCUGUCCGCUUGCCAACUUUAUUUAUAUUAUUAUUUUUUUCGCAACUUUGUGAUGCCGGUGGCGUCGGCUCGCUCCGCGUCCCUGUUGGCGGUAACGCGUACGCUCUCCUCGACUUUCUUCGAAGUUCAGGCAUAAACACACAACGGACAACAAAACUGAGCAGAAGAAAAACUCGGGACCAUCGAACUUCGCGUGCUUCGUUGGUGAACAGCGUGUCUUGAGCGCUCGUGCGUGCGUGCGCAUCAACGGGACCGUCCUGGCCCAAGUGCGCGCGUCGUAGUAAGACUUGUCCGAGCAAUUCAAGCCAACCCCGCGAGGAUCACCAGUGGCUACCUGCCGUUAACCAGCAUCGCGCGUCAUGAAUCCAUCGUGGAAUCGGAUGGCCGAAGAACGCCGCGCGAACGCGGCAUCCGCACAAGCCAUGGUCCACGAUGCGGCUACGGUGGCAAGAAGCGGCGGUGCCGACAUCGCUGCAGCACCACCUGCCCCGACACCAAGGGUGCCUGUCGCCGCCGGCAGCAGUGCCGAGGAUCAGGCCCGUCGGAAGACGCGCAAGAAGCGGCGUAGGGUCGACGUCAGGACCGAUAACGAGCGGGCUGACGUCUCCUCGGAGCUCCCCGAGGCCGCCGAAAGCGAUCCGCCCGUGCGCGCAGCUGUCGAGAACGAGGUCGAGAACGAGGUCGAGAGCGACCAGGAGGACCUGAGCGGGCUCGAGGGAGCCGCGUUCCAGAGCCGGCUACCCUUCGACAAGAUGACGGCGCAGGAGGCGGCCUGCUUUCCCGACAUCGUGCAGAGCGCGCUGCAGACGCAAAAGAUCUUCCUGCACAUCCGCAACCGCCUGCUCCAACUGUGGCUCGAGAACCCCAAGCAGCAGCUGAUCUUCGAGAACGCGCUGCCCCAGAUGGAGCCGCCGUACAACAGCGACGCCCCGUUGGUGCAUCGAGUCUUCUCCUACCUGGAGCGCCAGGGACUCAUAAACUUCGGUGUGUUCGAGCGCCCCAGGCCGGGGCUGCUCAAGAAGCACGGCAAGGUGAUCGUCAUCGGCGCCGGCAUCUCGGGUCUGGCCGCGGCGCAGCAGUUGCAGCAGUUCGGAAUCGAGGUUCUCGUGCUCGAAGCGCGGGACCGCGUCGGCGGCCGUAUCGCCACGUUCCGCAAGGGCGGCUACGUCGCCGACCUAGGCGCCAUGGUGGUGACUGGCCUCGGCGGAAACCCCAUCACCAUACUCAGCAAACAGAUAAAGAUGGAGCUGCACAAGAUUAAGCAAAAGUGCCCGCUUUACGAGUCCAAUGGCACCACGGUUCCCAAGGACAAGGACGAGAUGGUGGAGCGCGAGUUCAACCGUCUGCUCGAAGCCACAUCAUACCUCUCACACCAGCUUGACUUCAACUAUGUCCAGAACAAGCCCGUGUCGCUGGGACAAGCCUUGGAGUGGGUCAUCAAACUUCAAGAGAAGAGUGUAAAGGAGAAGCAGAUUCAGCACUGGAAAGCUAUCUUGGAGCUCCAAGAGAAGCUCAAGGAGAACCACACAAAGCUCAUCGAAACACGCGAGCGUAUUGAAGAGCUCAACCGGAUUCACCGAGAAUCAAGCGAGCUCAAGCAGCGCGACGUCACACAGGAGUUUGUCCACAGGAGCCGCAUCCACGACCUGACUCUCGUGUGUCGCGAGUGGGACCAACUGCUCGAGCAACAGAGGGAGAUCGAAGACAAGCUCGAGGAAUUGGAAUCAUCGCCACCUAGCGACGUCUACCUCUCUUCUCGUGAUCGUCAAGUCCUGGACUGGCACUUCGCAAAUCUGGAGUUCGCCAACGCCACGCCGCUCAACAACCUGUCUCUGAAACACUGGGACCAGGACGACGACUUUGAGUUCACGGGCAGCCAUCUGACCGUUCGCAACGGCUACUCCUGUGUCCCCGUGGCCAUGGCCGAAGGCUUAGACAUUCGCCUCAACACUGCAGUCAAACAGGUCUACCUGUCCGCCACAGGCGUUGAAGUCACAACGACCAACACACGGACCAACUCGGGCCUGACCACAUUCAAGGCAGAUGCAGUUCUCUGCACCCUGCCGCUCGGAGUUCUCAAGCAAUCGAUAGUCAACAAUCCGAACCUGCUCAACACGGUGCAGUUCGUGCCACCACUGCCAGAAUGGAAGGCAGCAGCCAUCGCGCGUCUAGGCUUUGGCAACUUGAACAAGGUUGUGCUGUGCUUUGACCGCAUAUUCUGGGACCCAAACUCAAACCUGUUUGGACAUGUUGGUAGCACAACGGGAAGCCGAGGGGAGCUGUUUCUGUUCUGGAACCUCUACAAAGCACCUGUACUCCUAGCAUUGGUCGCAGGUGAGGCUGCGACCAUCAUGGAGAAUGUCAGUGACGACGUCAUUAUUGGCCGCUGCAUUGCGGUCCUGAAGGGCAUCUUCGGCAACAGUGCUGUGUCUCAGCCCAAGGAAACAGUCGUGACGAGGUGGCGUGCCGACCCGUGGUCUCGUGGUUCGUACUCAUUUGUGGCCACUGGCUCGUCAGGCAACGACUAUGACAUUUUGGCAGCUCCCGUCACUCCAAGCACAAACCACGUGACGCCAGCGCUUCCACGACUCUUCUUUGCUGGGGAGCACACCAUCCGAAAUUAUCCAGCAACAGUCCACGGUGCACUGCUCAGUGGUCUGAGAGAGGCUGGACGAAUUGCCGACCAAUUUCUGGGAUGUCCCUAUGCACCGAGCUGCAAUUGAAGUGGCCUUACCUAACCUGUCACUGACCACAAAUGCACCAUUUAUUGACAGAUGAAUAAACUUACUUUUCUGUACAAGGUAGGUGGGGAAAUGAACUUUGUAACUGGUUGCCUUAGUGGUCUCAGAAAUUACAUUAUCAUUGCAGUCACAUCAGUGAAAGCUUCACCCAAAGUCUCGGACAAAUAGAGCCAUGUUGUCUAAACUUCGUGUGAUAAUGAUUUAUAAAGCUCAUCUUGAGUUCCUGCCAGCUGUCGAAGCAUUGUCCAUUCACAACUGGUGCAGGCCACCUUUGCGGUCACAUAGCUGAUGUUCUGUGUACAUUAAAGGGGCUGUUCAAGGCAUUCUGAGCAUUCACUUUUCACCUGCAUUUUUCUUUCUUUUUUUUUUUUUUUUUCAAAGCCUAACGUGUCACCAUAAUUGCUCAGAAAGUAACGGGCUGCUUUUCUUUCUAGAGACAGCUUAACCCAAAAUCUAUUAAUAUGAAAUGAGAGCAGCUGUAUUUCAGUUACUUUCGUAAGAUUUGUUAACAUAGUCUCGCUCAACUAAUGCAGUUUUAUGCCACUGUUAAACUUCGGCAUGCAGGGAUUUCAUGCAAAAGGUUGUGCAUGGAGUGCCGCAUUCUCAGUGUACAAAUAAAGGCCUUGUUCCAUGCAGCACAUCUUUGAGUGGCACAUUAAGGUACAAGCCUGAAGACACCACAUAAAAAAAUCCACUCUUGAUAGGAAUGCAUUGCUCCAUAACUACUAUUCACACUUUUCCUUAGGCACAUUCAGACUUAUGUGGAAGCGAGCGUCGUGCUUGGAGUAAAGUGUUCUCUUAAUUUUUGUUGGCUUGCAAAUAUUGGUAAAGCUGCUUCUGUGUUUGACUCUUAAUGUGUCUAUUAAAGGCCCAUAAAAACUGUA